CUCCACAUCUUCUAAAGAGGUGAUUACUUCUUGGCAUCUUUCAGCUAAUAUUGAGCAAGCCCUAGGUUUUACACUUCUCCGAUUCUCAGUCCAAGCUGACCCCCUGUCAGACACAGCUACAAUUUUUGCUAACUACCAAAAAUCAUGACAAGUGUGUUUUCCAUGUUGGCAUUCCUCGAAACCUUCACUGUCACCGAGCUCCUUGUGGCCUUUGUGGUCUUCUGCCUGGUCUUCUGGGUCAUUAAAUCUUACCCUCAAAGGGUCCCCAAGGGACUCAAAAACCCACCCGGACCCUGGGCUUGGCCUCUGAUUGGCAACAUAUUGACUCUGGGGAAGAAUCCCCAUCUGGCCCUGGCCCAGCUGAGGGAGAAGUAUGGGGAUGUGAUGCAGAUUCAGAUCGGCUCCACCCCAGUGCUCGUGUUGAGUGGCCUGGAAACCAUCAGACAAGCUCUGGUGAAGCAGGGGGAUGACUUCAAGGGCCGACCUGACUUCUACAGCUUCUCCUUAAUCUCAGAUGGUGACUCCUUUACUUUUAGUCCUGAUUCAGGGGAAGCAUGGGCAGCUCGAAGGAAGCUGGCCCAGAAUGCUCUGAAGACCUUCUCCCUAUCUGCCUCCCCAUCCUCUUCCUCCUGCUACCUGGAGGAGCAUGUGAAGAAGGAGGCUGAAUGCUUGAUCCAGAAGUUCCUGGAGCAGAAGGGGCACUUUGACCCCUUCAGGUACCUGGUGAUGUCCGUGGCCAAUGUCAUCUGUGCCAUUUGCUUUGGAAAGCGCUAUGACCAUGAACAUCAAGAACUACUUAGUAUCGUCACUUUGAAUGCUAAAUUUGGUGAUGUUAUUGCCUCUGGGAAUCCAGCUGAUUUCAUUCCUGUGCUGCGAUACCUGCCCAGUAGCAAGAUGGCAGCCUUCAGGGACCUGAACGAGAAAGCCGCCAACUUUACUCAAAAGUUGGUGAAAGAACAUUACAAGAGGUUUGAAAAGGGCUGCAUCCGGGACAUCACAGACAGCCUAAUUGAACAUUGCCAGGAAAACCAGUUGGAUGAGAAUGCUAAUGUCCUGCUGUCAGAAAAGAAGACUGUGAACACUGUCCUGGAUAUCUUUGGAGCAGGCUUUGACACCAUCACCACGGCCAUUUCCUGGAGUCUCAUGUACCUUGUGGCAAAGCCUGAGAUCCAGAAGAAGAUCCAGGAGGAGCUGGACACGGUGAUUGGCAGAGAGCGGUGGCCCCAGCUCUCAGACAAACCUCAGCUCCCCUACAUGGAGGCCUUCAUCCUGGAAACCUUCAGGCACUCUUCCUUCCUCCCCUUUACCAUCCCCCACAGCACAACCAGAGCCACGACCUUGAACAAUUUCUACAUUCCCAAGGGACGAUGUGUCUUUGUGAACCAAUGGCAAAUUAACCAUGACCAGAAUAUAUGGGGGGACCCUUCGGUGUUCCGGCCAGAGCGAUUCCUCAGGGCAGAUGGAACCAUCAACAAGGCCCUGAGUGAACAGGUGAUUAUGUUUGGCCUGGGGAAAAGGAAGUGUAUUGGGGAGACUAUUGGCCGGUGGGAAGUCUUCCUCUUCCUGGCCAUCCUGCUGCAUCAGGUGGAGUUCAGUGUCCCCUCUGGAGUGAAGGUGGACUUGACCCCAAUCUAUGGAUUGACCAUGAAACAUGCCAGCUGUGAGCACUUCCAGGUUAAGCUACGCUCUUAGGAGGACUAAAAGCUCCAGGAUGGGAUGCUGUUGUUUUCCCUGGCCUGCUGCAAAGGACUGGAGGGAGGCUUCAGGCUGAAGUUGAUGAACAUGUGCUCAGUUCUGGUGCUCUGACUUCCUGCUGUUAUCCACUAGAGAGGGGCUGCUUCACUCUCCAAUCCCUGCCAUUCUUCCUGGCUCCCAGGAGACUACUCCCUCUUGACGCAAGUACUUGGCUCCCCACUAAUUGAAUGCUUUUAUGCUGUUCUAUGGUUUAAGAGGCCUGGCUGGGGACAAGGGAGUCCCUGGGCCUCUGAAAACUUCAGGCAAAGUCUUUGAGAGAAGAGAGAAGACAUGGGACCAGCCAUGAGAAUUGGACCAUUCUAUCAGGGUAUGAGCAGAUUUGUUCCACUUUGCAAAAAAGAAGGAAAUUGUGAGUCCUUUUCCAGGCCAAUCAAGGUGGGUUCAGGGAAGAGACUUGCCAGGUGGGAACUCAGUAGACAGACCACACCUACAUAGUCAACACUGGGCCAAUCCCAGCUUCAGAAAAAUGCUCCGUAUCAACACAAGAGUGAGCAAGUCUUGGAGCAGCACCUUUCUUAUAGUAGCAUGGGUCCAAAACGGGAAAAAAAAAAACCCACAAUAAAGAAUGAAGUUAGUGAAAGAAUAA